CAUCGCCACGGUCACACUGAAAAGAACCAUUUUAUUUAAAGUUUUUUUAAGGAUCAGCACAAAAGCCAACAAAACCCGACACACAAAUAACAGACCACAGAAUGAGUGCAAAAGUAUUAUUCGCCUGCUCCAAGUGUUUCUCGCGCCACCCGUACGAGGAGCUCUCCUCCGGCCAGCAGCUAUGCAAGGGCUGCCGUGGAUCUACCUCAGUUGUUAAAUGUACUUACUGCCGCUCGGAGUUCCAACCCGCCACCAACAGCAACAAAUCACAGAGUGCCUGCAAGAAGUGCGAACACUACCUGGGGAAGUACGGCAAGCCCAGUCCCUGCGAAUGCUGCAAGAUUGUGGCCGCCUUUGGCAGCUCCAAGUGCAUGCGAUGCGCCAGCUACGAGGCGAAGUAUGGACCGCCGGUGCAGUGCGAUGAAUGCAAGCUGCGAUCGGCCUUUGACAGGCGGGAUGAGAACAAAAAGGUCAAUGGCAAACUGCUCUGCUGGCUGUGUACCUGCGCCUACAAGCGUGCCCUGCUGAAGGCACAACAGGAUGGCCGAAUACCCAUGUCGAAAAAGCGGCCGCACGAGAAGUCCUCGUCCUCGCACAGAGACAACAGCUCAGCGGCCAAGAAGCCGUCGCGCAGCGAGCUGGGCAAGAGCGGCAGCGGCGGCGGCAACAGCAGCUCCGGCGUGAAUGCAGUUAGCGGGGCCGGGUUAGAUUUGCCCGACAAGAUAUCGCGCGGUAAUGGUGGGAACGGAACCAUCGCAGCACCCGCUGCCAUCACCGUGGACACCAAUUCGUCGGAUCAUGUGGUGGCUAUUACAUACCUAAAGGAGCGCAUAGCCAGUCUGGAGAAGCGCUUGAAUCAAAAAGACAAGGAACUGCUGGAGAAGGACAAGCAGCUAACCGAACUGAAGGGCAAGAACUUUGAGAAGGAAAACGAUAUGCGCAACCGGCUGAAGGAGGUAGAGCGCCUGCAUGACAUGAAGGUGGAUAACCUGAACCGAAAGAUCUCCAGUCUGCUCAAGGAUCUGGCCACGCUGAAGAAGAGCAGCAAAGGCAAGGGCAGCAGCAGCGGCCUCAGCAAGGCCGAGAAGGAGGCCAUCAAGCGGGAGAAUCUUUCGCCCAAGGAGGAGCUACUCACGGCGGCACCAGUGCCGGCGGAGAAGCAGCAGAUCAAACAGUCACCUUCGGAGCCGGCUGAUCUGGACAAGGAUGAGAAGAGUCGUGAUCGUGACGAAGAACGCAGCGAGCCAGAAGAUCGGGCCAGUGUGCGAUCGCGUUCCGCCUCCAGCAGCCCCACGCCCUCGUCCAACUGAGAGGGGCUGCCGCUGCUCCGCCUAGUUUUUCGCUAUACAAAUUUAUAUUUUUGUACUUUUGCUUUAAUUGUAAUAUAGUUUUACAAGAUUGUUUCAUA